AUGAUCACGGGUGUGCCGAAAAGGUGUAGCAACCUGCAACAGCAACCACAGUAUGUGUUCUCCCAGAUCUCAACACAGGGACCCUCGCCAACUUCUGCUGUUUUUGUUCGAAACCCGAACUGCUCACCUGAUUCAGCUAUUCGUCGGCCAACAGUAAGGAGUCUGGUCCUUUCUGAGAUAUUCUUUCCUUUGGAAGAUGUGAAUGCACCAAAGUCCGUUUUACGCUCAAAAUCGGCAUGUCCAUCUGCUCCCGACAGACGUUCUUGCGUCGUUCUGGCCUCCCGUGACAAUUCCAAGACCACUACAUGUGAGGAAGAUUUACUUCGUAAUCACCACCGUCGUCCCACUCCUCCUAUGCGCUCACAGAAGUGUUAUUCGCAGAUCCUAACGGCUCCUAAGUCUUCCAAAGCAACCGCACCCCAGAGAAGCAAGCCACCCCUACAUCCCCUUACAUGCCAGUCCUCAUUUGGUGUCGAAGCAGCUAGAGUGCGCACACCUGACUCGGACUCGAUUUUUCAUCGAUUGCAAAACUUUUUAGGGCUUGGUAAAAACCCAAAAUUAAGAAAGGAGAAACUGCCUCCAUGUGCUUCCUCCUUCGCCACCGUUGUGCCGUCUCCACCUAACAGCUUCCCUGAAAUAUCUCGGCCAGCUGAUUCCUCGGCACUUCCACAAAUCCGCAGUCGAUCGCAGUCAACCUUCCGUUCUCAUCGCUUGCAGAAACCUCUCUCAGAUAUUUUUCACAGCCGCAAAUCACACCAGGUAGCAACAGCAGAUGCGAACAGGCAGCAACUCCGAAGGAGCGAUAGAAAAGCCAACAAAUUGCCGCCCUCUGUCAGUCUCUGUGAUGCUCCCUGCCUCCAACCCCACCCCCCGCCACUGCCUGCGCGAGCAGGGGUUGGCGAUUUGUUAACGCCACCUCGUUCUGCCAUUUUGGUGCCUUUGAUUUACACCCCGUUCACCAGUCAUCAGCCGACCACCACUGACUGCCGCCCAGUCUAUGCUGACCCGUUACAGCUUUCCAGUUUUAUGCCCUCCAAUGCCCGGCCUGCUUGCCGAUCCCGUCAACACGUUGCACACCAGUGUCGACGACGAGCCAUGAUCACGGAUUGCAGUGGCGCCGGUGAGGUUGCCGUCGUGUCGGCGGCUGUCGCCUGCUGUGUGAGUGACGUCGGUCGCUGCAACGCUGAACUGCGCCAGAAGCACUGUUCUGCCCACUUCGUGAGUGAAGCCCGCAAGGCGCCGAGUCAGACCUCGUCCGGUAGGCUUCCCCCUGUGUGUCUGAUUUGGUUUUUUCCUACAUCUUCCCGGUCUCCUUUAAAUAGCAUUUUAACCUCUCUACGGUCAUUUCCUAAAAUGAGCUUAGGUUGCAUCGGUCCUGCUUGUUAGAGUUUCUUCUUAAAAUAAGACUGACGUGCAUGAUAUUCCCUACAGUUUGUCCUAGGUGUGUGGUAUUACUUAUCGACUUAAUUUGCCCAUUGAAGUCUUAGGAAACCUCAAUCGACCCUCACCACCGCCACCGCCGUCCCCCUGA